AUGAAUCGACACAUCAAUUUCUGUUUCAUAUCUCUUCUCUCUCUAAAUCUCCUCAUCUGUAUUUUGUUAUCAAAUGUGGGAGCUGAUGGAUGGAUGGAAGCUUCAAAGCGCACACAUCUCUUCCCAAUUUUCCCCCAACAAGUCUAUUCUCCGAAAUUCCGUCUUCCUUUCCUCGCCACUUCACCCGAUCGUUUGACCCUCAUUGUACAA